AUGGGUCAAGGCUACUCACUUACCUCGCUGUCUGCGGGCUCCGCCGGCAUCGAUGUCCCAGAGCUCGCGGACCUUACCUAUGAGAGAUCCCUAGGUACUGCCAGGUUCAUGAAAAGCAUUCGUGCCCGGCAUCGUGAUGGCCUAGCUUUUGUGAAAGUUAUCAUGAAACCAUACCCAAGCCUGAAGCUAGACCCUUAUGUCAAAGCUAUUAUGCGUGAGCGGAGGCUGCUGGAAGGCGUCCCUAAUGCGCUCGGAUACCAGCGGAUACUCGAAACUAGUACUGCUGGUUAUCUUGUUCGUCAGUACAUCUACAGCUCACUCUAUGAUCGAAUGAGCACUCGCCCGUUCUUGGAGGAUAUUGAGAAAAAAUGGAUGGCUUUCCAGCUCUUAUGCGCUCUACGAGACUGCCAUGCACAGAAUGUUUUUCAUGGGGAUAUCAAAACAGAAAAUGUUCUGGUAACAUCGUGGAACUGGCUAUACCUCUCCGACUUUUCGUCCUCUUUCAAGCCAACAUUCCUUCCUGAGGAUAAUCCUGCGGAUUUUUCCUUUUAUUUCGACACCUCUGGCCGGAGAACUUGCUACCUGGCUCCAGAGCGAUUUUUGGAAGCAGGAGAAGAUCCAGGCAGCCGCUCAGUAAACUGGGCAAUGGAUGUCUUUAGCGCAGGUUGCGUUAUUGCGGAGCUUUUCCUCGAAUCUCCUAUCUUCACGUUGAGCCAACUCUAUAAGUAUCGAAAGGGAGAAUACAGCCCACAAACAGGACGUUUGAUGGAGAUUGAAGAUCUUGAUAUUAGAGAGUUGAUCAUUCAUAUGAUUCAGCUCAACCCUGAGUCGCGAUAUUCGGCAGAGGAGUGUAUUAAUUUUUGGCGCCGCAAGGCAUUUCCAGAGUACUUUUAUGGAUUCCUCCAUCAAUAUAUGGGCUUAAUAACGGAACCUUCACCAGGACGAACACGCGACGAGUCCACACCACUCGAUCUAAAAGAAGCAGAUGAAAGGAUAAGCCGCAUCUUUGUCGACUUUGACAAAAUAUCCUACUUCCUUGGAGCUUCUCCUCAGAUUUUGUUUGACGGGUCCCAGGUAGCGUCUCCGUCUCUCACACAGCAGCCAUUUCCAUUACAGCUGGAUUUGCCCAAGGUUGGGAAUCAACAAAUAUCAAAGCCUCUCUCAGCAACGGAUGAUGGCACCCUCAUAUUCCUCACCCUUGUUGUUUCAAGUCUACGGAAUACAAGUAAAUCGUCUGCCCGGAUCAAAGCAUGUGAUAUUCUACUUGCAUUCGCUGAGAAACUCCCGGAUGAGGCGAAACUAGACAGAAUACUUCCGUUCAUUAUAUUGCUACUAAAUGAUCGUGCAGAUAAUGUGAAAGUUUCUGCAAUCAGAACGCUGACCCAGCUUCUCGCCAUGGUGAAAGUCGUUUCACCUGUCAAUGCCUAUGUGGUUCCUGAAUAUAUCUUCCCAAGGCUUCAGCAUCUCAUUAAUACCUUACCUUCCAACCCUACUCCCAUGGUGAGAGCAGCGUACGCUUCGUCCAUAGCUUCAUUAGCACAUUCGUCACUCAGAAUUCUUGAUAUGGUUCAGGCACUGCGGUCUGAUGCUCGGCUAACGUCUCUUGUCCCAUCGGGCUCCGAACGUGGCUGGGAAGAAGAAAUAUCAUACCACAACCUCUAUGAUGUCGCAAGAGUAGAUUUGCUUGAAUUCUUCGAGGCCCAUGCAAAGGCACUCUUGACCGAUCCAGACGUUGUAGUGCGUCGUGCAUUUCUUGGCUCGGUCCCAGGACUAUGCGUUUUCUUUGGCAACCCAAAAGCGAAUGAGGUUGUCCUUAGCCAUCUUAAUACCUACCUUAACGAUAAGGACUGGAUUUUGAAAUGCGCAUUUUUCGAGACCGUCGUUGGUGUGGCUGCUUACGUUGGUAGUACAUCCCUAGAAGAGUUCAUCCUACCAUUAAUAGUCCAGUCCAUGACCGACCCAGAAGAAUUUGUGGUCGAGCGUGUACUACGGUCGCUUGCCAAAAUGUCAAGACUUGGUCUCUUCCAGCGUUCUACCACCUGGGAUUUACUCAGCAUUGCAGUGCGAUUUUUUGUACAUCCUAGCAUAUGGAUACGAGAAGCGGCUGUGAGCUUUGUCGUGGACGCUACUACAUUUUUAUCCGCAACUGAUAAAUACUGUAUUGUCAGCCCCCUAGUCAGACCGUUCCUCAAGACGAACACUACAGAUAUAUCGACGGCCCAGAUAUUUGACGCUCUUAAGAAACCACUUCCCAAGAACGUUUUUGACAUGUUGCUAGUAUGGGCAACUAACGUGGAUAAAGGUCUCUUCUGGAAAGCUGUUGCCCAAGAUGGGACAUUCUCAUUGGGAGGGUCAAAUAUUCCCAAAUUACGGCAUCGCGGGGUUGGCUCUUCUCUGAGUAACAUGCCACGGAAUGAAGAGGAUGAUCAGUGGCUGUCAAGGCUCAGAAAUAUCGGCUUAACUCAAGAAAACGAGGCCAAAUUCCUUGCACUCAGAGAGUAUAUCUGGAGGGUUGCCAUGAGAAGGAAAAAAGAUGCGGAUGAUGAUAAAAUUACCCCAUUUGCGGAAAUCAUAUCAUUAAGCGAACAUGACAUCACCCCCCAGACUGUCUUGUUUGAUAGGAAACAAGGGGUUAGUCGGUCACGGCCUGCACCAAGAAAGACCCAGCUUGGUCACGGAGUCAGAAAACCCCACACAAUUGCUGAUGCAUUGCUAGAUGCUUCCACAGCAAUUGAUUCACAUAAUGAUGACCAUCAAAGGCGGACAAGGCGUCCGGUACCUGAAGAGCGUGGUUCCAGUGUUCCCCCGAGCUUAAUUCGUCCGGCUGAAAUAAGGGAUAGGCGGGAAGAAGAGUCACCUACGAUUUCUCACGUUUCCUCAUCCCCCAAUGGCCAACCAGGUUCACUAAGCUCAUCUACGUCGCCCUUAUCAGAUAGUCCCGCUCAAAAUCCAGUAGAAUUGAAUACAAUGAGGAACGAUGGAAACGGUCCUGUUCGAGCCGGCACUCCUUCAUUAAGGGUAGCAGGAGGUGAUGUCAAACGCCGCUCAAGCGCUAUAAACCUCCUGAACCGCCAGGAAAAUUCUAAGGCAAAUGCUGCAACCGCUACUUCAUCCACAAAUGCCUUUGGGAAAGUUGACGUUCCCCAUCAGAGGGAUCUCUCUCAGUUGUCUAGAGCUACUACACCAGAUCCACAAAAUAGUGGUGGACAAACACCUCGGCCCCGAUAUAAAGCCAGCCAUACAUAUCAGGGGAAUGAUCCAACAAUUUUAAGAAUCUUGGACAAUAUAUUUGCGGAAAAUUACCCUACUGACCUCUUUGAUUUUGGGCCGAUAGUGCAUCCGCCGGCUCAAUGCACACCAUUACAUGGUCCUAAUGGGCAGAUUCCUGAUAAGCCUUGGAGGCCUCAAGGCGGUCUCGUUGCAAUGUUUGGAGAACAUACUGGGCCGGUUAAUCGGGUAGUAACCGCUCCUGACCAUGCUUUCUUCAUCACUGCCUCUGAUGAUGGUACAUUGAAGAUCUGGGACACAGCUCGUUUGGAAAGGAACCUAACUCCACGAUCCCGUCAGACCCAUCGACACGCCCCUGGAGCAAAAGUAAAGUGUGUGACGUUUGUGGAGAAUACUUACACCUUUAUUAGUGCAGCUACUGAUGGAAGUGUCCAUGCGGUGAGAGUGGACUAUCAAAACCACCGUGACGUUAUCCGCUACGGGAAAUCACAACUAGUCCGAGAGUACCAUAUUACGCCAACUGACGGUGGAAGUGGCGAAUAUGCUGUCUGGAUAGAACACUUUCGGACGGAUGUACACUCGAUAUUACUCAUGGCGACUAACAGGUCCCGCAUAAUUGCGCUGGAUUUGAAGUCCAUGACCGAGGUCUACACGCUUCAGAACCCCAUUCGCCACGGUACUAUAACUACCUUUUGCCUUGAUAGAAAACACAAUUGGCUUCUCGUGGGGACAACACAUGGAAUAUUAGACCUUUGGGAUCUUCGGUUCUGUGUACGUGUAAAGGCUUGGGGCUUACCAGGAGGAACCCCAAUCCGCCGUCUUGCCAUCCAUCCCACAAAAGGCCGGGGGAGAUGGGUAUGCGUUGUUGGUGGUGGAAAUAAUGGCUCCGAAGUCCUGGUCUGGGACAUUGAUAGAGUGCAAUGUAGGGAGGUUUACCGUACUAUCAGUGCCUCUACUAGUCAGACGACCCCUGCCGCCGGACAGAAAGCUAAUCUCAACGCCGAUAUAAGCUGUAAGGCCUACGAGCCGUGGAAAGUUGACGAAGACUUACCUGAAGGCAUGCUGGGUCGCUUUGCAACAAAUGCCCACCCAUCGUCCGCCAGUAUAGAGCCAACUGUGGCUGGCGAAAAUUCCGCUGGAGGUGAUCGAAAUGCCAUCUUUGCACUCGCCGUUGGGAUUGACUACCUUGACGGUACGGCAGAGGGAUCCAAAUGCGGUUUCUUCGUAACCGCUGGAUUAGAUCGUAGUGUACGGUUCUGGGAUGUAGUACACCCUGAUGCGUCACUAGUUGUGAGUAGCCCAGAUUUAGUCUCUGAUGGGACCCAAAUGCGGCCGAGAUAUGAUACCACUCAUCCUACCACAUCUUUAACGAUAACAUCCGAAUGGAUACCCAGUGCUGGCUCAUCACCAACCAGGCAAGGGGCAGCUUCUAAUAAGAAGUCAAACUCCACGAAUACAGGGAGCGGUAUGCGUCCACCUCGGAGCACUGUAAUCAGCCUACAGCAGCAACUGUUAUUGAGAAGCCAUCUUGAUUCUAUUCUUGAUAUUGCGAUCUUGGAGUCUCCAUAUGCAAUGACUGUGAGCGUGGACCGGGCUGGGAUGAUAUAUGUAUUUCAAUAA